UUGGAUUUCAGAUAUUGAAAAAUGUUUUUUCGGGUUUAUGUGAUGUAAAUGUUUUGUUAAUCAGACUAAUUUUAUUGCAGAAAACGUAUUAUGAUUAUUUAUAACCCCAACACUUUCCAUUUUCGUUCAAUCACUUUUUGUAUUUUUGUAUUUCUGUACUUCGUGAUACCUGCUCUAACACGUGAUUGCUGAAGUAUUGGUGAUUUGAUGAGUUUGGACAGAAUAUGCAUGGACUCAUAGGAACCGAGGCUGAAAAAACACAGCUGUAUGAAGUAACCACGAACUAUCAUCCAAUCCGUGUUCAGAUCCUUAGGACGGGUAGCUUGGAAUCGAUUUGAGACGCGCCCUCGAAUGAGCCCAGUAGACGUAUAGCCAGUGAGAAAGACACGUGCGAAGUUUGUCCCUAAUGUCCUGAAUAGGGUCCUGACUGAAAUCGUCUGGGUCAUCAUGGUGAUUUAACCUGAUCUGUACGUUGUACAGUGGAAAACAUUUCAACCCGUUGAGGUUACUGCAUUAGAUUCACAAUCAGGUAGUGUCAUUCAAGGACUAGCGAGUUUUGCUAACGAUUAAAUUUGGCAUGGAAAUGGAGGAACUCAGAUUUCACGUAGACUGUCAGUGAUCCGGAACUGCUGCGUGUGUAAACGAUCACACACAGGGAUCACACGGGACAGGCUCAAAGUCCGGGAAGGAAACACCGCUAGGAGCAAAAACCUCGCCUGACGUUUGACAUUGUUUGCCGGAUCGUGCCAAAGACAUGCCUGUGCUUGAGUGCUGAUCCACACAGCAUGGCAACCGAGGUGUCUGUUUCCUCCGCUGGUCGGUCUCAGAUUGCAGGAGGAAACACUGUACAAAGGGACUACUACUACUUCCUCCGCUCCUUUGUGGCAGGAGGUGUAGCAGGAUGCUGUGCCAAAACCACUAUUGCACCUUUAGACAGAAUAAAAAUUUUACUUCAAGCUCAUAAUCCUCAUUACAAACACUUAGGAGUGUUUGCUACACUCGGGGCUGUACCGAAAAAAGAGGGCUUCCUCGGGCUGUACAAAGGAAAUGGAGCCAUGAUGGUCAGGAUCUUUCCAUAUGGAGCCAUUCAGUUUAUGGCCUUUGACAACUAUAAAAAGUUCCUCAGUACACAGCUUGGUAUAUCUGGUCAUGUUCAUCGGCUAAUGGCCGGUUCUAUGGCAGGAAUGACUGCAGUCAUCUGUACAUACCCUCUUGAUGUUAUUCGUGUUCGCCUGGCGUUUCAGGUGACUGGGGAGCAUCGAUACACUGGUAUAGGAAACGCCUUUCAGACCAUCUACCUGAAGGAAGGGGGCAUCCCUGGUUUCUACCGUGGUUUAAUUCCGACCAUCAUUGGCAUGGCUCCCUAUGCAGGAUUUUCUUUUUUUACUUUUGGAACACUGAAGAGUCUGGGACUGGCCAAUUUCCCAGAGCUCCUGGGAAAGCCGUCUCGGGACAACCCUGAUGUCCUGGUUCUGAAGACACACGUUAACCUGCUGUGUGGGGGAGUAGCGGGGGCCAUCGCUCAAACUAUAUCGUAUCCUCUGGAUGUUGCCCGGAGAAGAAUGCAGCUAGGAGCAGCUCUCCCUGACGCCGAUAAAUAUCUGUCUCUUACAAAGACUCUGAAACAUGUGUAUAACCAAUAUGGGAUUAAAAAUGGACUGUACCGUGGCCUGUCUCUCAACUACAUCCGCUGUGUUCCAUCCCAAGCUGUUGCCUUCACCACUUACGAGUUUAUGAAGCAGGUCCUGCACUUGAACUAGAGCAGGUAUCCUCACUUCCAUACCAGGAACAAAGUUGCCACGCAGCUUCGGGCUUCAGGGAGUGUCCUAGGAGCUCUGCUUGCCAUUAUCACAUGCAGAUCAGGGGAACAUUACUAAUACAGAUCACUGUAAUGAUGCAUGAUAAUGUCACAGUGGUUGCACUGAACAAACGGCCUUAACUGUUCACAUUGUAUUAUGUCUUGUGUAAGUAAAACUAGUUAAAACUCA